CCUUCAACCAGAAGUUGAUGUGGACCGGUGUAUGUGACACAUUGUAAAAUAUCGACGAGAUGGUCCGAGCUAAUAGAUCGCCCGCAGCUCACCCUGCUCAUCUUCCUUGUCAUGAGUCAAAUGCCGUUGUAUGGUAUUGUCUCCUCUGACACUUCCGAUCCUCUCUACUGGCUUCGUAUGAUGUUGGCCAGUAACCGUGGUACUUUGAUGGAGUUGGGUAUCACCCCUAUCAUCUCCUCCGGCAUGGUCUUCCAGCUCCUCGCUGGUACCCACCUCAUCGAUGUCAACCUUGACCUCAAGACCGACCGCGAGCUCUACCAGACUGCCCAGAAGCUCUUCGCUAUCAUUCUGUCCUUCGGCCAGGCCUGCGUGUACGUUCUCACUGGUCUCUACGGCCAGCCCAGCGACCUUGGUGCUGGUAUCUGCGUUCUCCUGAUCGUUCAGCUUGUCGUUGCUGGUCUGGUUGUUAUUCUUCUGGAUGAGCUUCUGCAGAAGGGAUACGGUCUUGGAAGCGGUAUCUCUCUGUUCAUUGCCACCAACAUCUGCGAGUCCAUCGUUUGGAAGGCGUUCUCCCCCACGACCAUCAACACUGGCCGUGGCCCCGAAUUCGAGGGUGCUAUCAUCGCUCUCUUCCACCUUUUGUUGACCUGGUCCGACAAGCAGCGUGCUCUGCGCGAGGCUUUCUACCGCCAGAACCUCCCCAACGUCAUGAACCUGCUGGCCACUCUCCUGGUCUUCGCCGCCGUCAUCUACCUCCAGGGCUUCCGUGUUGAGAUCCCCGUCAAGUCCUCCCGCCAGCGUGGAAUGCGUGGAUCCUACCCCGUCCGUCUCUUCUACACCUCCAACAUGCCCAUCAUGCUGCAGUCCGCUCUGUGCUCCAACAUCUUCCUGAUCAGCCAGAUGCUGUACUCCCGCUUCUCUGACAACCUCCUCGUGAGACUUCUCGGUGUCUGGGAGCCCCGUGACGGAACUGCUCAGCUCCACGCCUCCUCCGGUAUCGCCUACUACAUGUCGCCUCCCUUGAACUUCAAGGACGCUCUUCUGGACCCCAUCCACACUGCUGUCUACAUCACCUUCAUGCUCGUUGCCUGUGCUCUCUUCUCCAAGACCUGGAUCGAGGUUUCUGGCUCUGCUCCUCGUGAUGUUGCCAAGCAGCUCAAGGACCAGGGUCUCGUGAUGGCCGGCCACCGUGAGCAGAGCAUGUACAAGGAGCUCAAGCGUGUCAUCCCUACCGCUGCUGCUUUCGGUGGUGCCUGUAUUGGUGCCCUCUCCGUUGCCUCUGACCUUCUCGGUGCUCUUGGCAGUGGUACUGGUAUCCUUCUCGCCGUGACCAUCAUCUACGGAUACUUUGAGAUUGCCGCCCGUGAGGGCGACAUUGGCGCCGGCCUCCGUGGCCUCGUCCCCGGUAACUAAGCAGGGAGGCUUAGGGACAUUUUCUGAUGAAC